UUGAUUUUUGCUGAAAAUGGGGCGAAAUUUGUUUGCUGGUAGCUCGAAACUUCUUGGGGCAUGCAUGGGAUAGAGUAAACCAAACUAGCUCAUUAUUGUCUUUCAAGUAAUUCGAGUCUAUGGUCUGGGUUAUCUUAUCUUGAUCUCGCUACUGCCUGAAAAAAUACAAGUUUAUUUUUGUCUUUCAAGUAAUUAGAGUAAACCGGUGUCGACGGCGUUCGCCAGAGCCUUCCUCUUCAUCCUCCUCCACGUCAAAUAGUGGGUCUCCUAACCCUAAGAGAAGAAGAAACCAGACUAGCUCAGUUACCAUUGGUAAUUAAUUUCUGAUUCACUGCCAGUAAAUCGGAACAAUCAGCAGAUCUUAUUUAAACUACAUGUAAGCAGAUUUUUAAUUUUCUCUGCAAGUUCAUGCAAUGAGUGAAAUUCACGACAAUGGUAAAAUUCCUAAAUAUUAUUUAAACUAUACUAGUUCCAAGUGUGUGCGGACUUGAUGCAGUAAAAUUUCAUAUAGAGUUAUCCUUGUUAACCUUUGUCUUGGUUUUCUCUGUAGUGUGAAGAGUGAGACCGGAUUCCUUAGCUCUAUCCGACAGAUCUGAUCAAAGCCCCUCAUCAGUUCAAGUUGAUGGCUUCUUCUUCCAACAAUCCAGACGUAAAGUAUGAUGUUUUCCUUAGUUUUAGAGGCGAGGACACCCGGAAUAAUUUUACAAGCCAUCUGGACGCAGCUUUGCGUCGUAAAAAGAUUCAAACUUUCAUCGAUGACGAACUCGAGAGAGGAGAAGAAAUUUCACCAUCUCUAUUGGAGGCAAUUGAACGGUCAAGGAUUUCUGUUGUCGUUUUGUCAGAAAAUUAUGCCUCUUCCAGAUGGUGCUUAGAAGAACUUGCAAAGAUCCUUGACUGCAAAAAAAGGUUCGGACAGAUGGUAAUACCAAUUUUCUAUCGCGUUGAUCCAUCACAUGUGAGGAAUCAAACUGGAGCUUUUGGGAAAGCAUUUAACGCACUCAAAAAGCGUUUUGAGGAGAGGUUAGAUGUGCUACAGAGAUUUAUUUUUGGGCGCUGCCCCCUGUUUUACCCAAAAAAGGAAAAUGAUCUGCUACAGAGAUGGGAGACCGCUUUGAUGGAAGUAGGCAAAAUCUCUGGAAUUACUACAGAUAGCAAGCGUGAAUCUAAACUCAUAGAAGAAACUGUUGCGGAUAUAUUAGACAGCCUAGACAAAAUAUCUCCAAGUGAUCACAGUGACCUGAUUGGAGUAGAAUCUACCAUCAAAGAAAUUGAGUCUUUGUUGGAAAUUGGAUCCAAUGAUGUUUGUAUUGUCGGGAUUUGGGGCAUCGGUGGAAUAGGUAAGACAUCUAUAAGUCGUGGAAUAUUCAACAAACAUUUGAGAUAUUUUGAAGGUUCUUACUUCGCUGAAAAUGUUAGAGAAGAAUCAGAAAGGAGGGGACUAACUUUCUUGCGUGAAGAACUUCUUUGCAAAAUAUUAGAGGAUAGAUAUGCCAACAUAGGGCUCACCCUCACAAAAGAAAGACUUGCCCAUAAGAAGGUUUUCAUUGUUUUUGAUGAUGUGACUUCUUUAGACCAAAUAAAAAAUUUAAUUGGAGAUCUCAAAUGUUUAGGUUUAGGAAGUCGAAUCAUUAUAACAUCACGAGAUAAACAAGUUCUUAACAAUUUUUGUGGGGCAGAUAAGAUAUACGAACUUGAGGGAUUACAUCAUCUCGAAGCUCUUCAGCUUUUUAGUCGUCAUGCCUUCAAACACAAUGGGGAUACAAUUAAAGAGUACAUGGAGCUAUCAGAAUGGAUGGUAACAUAUGCUAGAGGUGUCCCAUUAGCUCUUAAAGUUUUGGGCUCUUUUCUAUUAGGAAAGACAAAAGAAGAAUGGGAAAAUGCAGUAAAUAAAUUAAAAAGAUGUCUUCAUAAGGAUAUCCAAAGUGUGUUGAAAAUAAGCUUUGAUGGAUUAGAUUAUGAAGAGAAGGAGAUAUUUUUAGAUAUUGCAUUUUUCUUUAAGUUGAGGGAUAGAGAUCUUAUAAUAGGUGUCAUGGAUUCUUGUGGCUACUCCACAAAGAUUGUGUUAAGUGUUCUUAUCGACAAGUCUCUCAUUAUUGUAUCAAAUAAUAUGAUAACAAUGCAUGAUUUACUUAAAGAAAUGGGUAGAGAAAUUGUUCGACAAGAAUCUAUUGAAGAUCCUGGUAAACGUAGUCGUUUAUUUCACCCUAAAGACAUAUAUCAUGUUUUCACAAAAAACAAGGGGACUGGAGCAAUUAAAGGCAUAUCUCUAGAUGUGUCUCAAGCAGAAGAAAUACACCUAACUCCUGAUGCUUUUUCAAAGAUGCAAAAUCUAAAAUAUCUCAAAGUCUAUAGCUCGCACGAUGGAAAGGAUUUUAAUCAGUUGUAUGGAUUUCAAGAUGUGGAGUUUGUACUCCCUGAGCUAAAGUACCUCUUUUGGCAUAGGUAUCCAUGGACAUCAUUGCCUCCAAAAUUUCAUCUAGAGAACCUUAUUGCACUUGAGAUGCCUAAAAGCAACAUUGAGCAACUUUGGCCUGGGGUCCAGAAUAUUGGAAAUUUAAAACGUAUUGACCUCAGCAAUUCCAAACAUUUACUCAAAUGUCCUAACCUUUCAUUGGCCAAAAAUCUUGAGAGUCUGAAUUUAGAAAGCUGUACAAGUUUAAUUGAGAUUCAUUCAUCUAUUCAAUAUCUCAAUAAGCUUUCUACCUUAAAUUUGAGAGGUUGCAAAAGCCUUUGCAGUAUUCCAUCAGCAAUUUUUUCAAAAUCUUUGCGAACAGUUGUUUUCAGUGAUUGCUCAAAUUUGGAUACGGUGCCAAGUAUCUCAUGUAAUGUUGAAGAGUUAUACUUAGAUGGAAGUGCAAUUAGAGAAUUGCCUUCGUCAAUCGAGAAUCUAUGUAAGUUAGUAACUUUGAAUCUUAAUGGUUGUACAAGGCUUGAGAGUCUUCCUAGCAGCAUUUGUAAGUUGAAGUCUCUUGAAAAUCUUUUUCUCUUUGGUUGUUUGAAACUUAACAGUUUGCCUGAUGAGAUAAGAAAUUUAGAAGCUUUGAUUCGACUUCGUGUUGGAGAUACUGGUAUAAGGGAAGUACCACCAUCCAUAGUAUGUUUGAAUAACCUCUGUGAGUUAGAUUUUGAGCGAUGUAAGUUUCAGGAAUUGCCUUCGUCAAUCGAGAAUCUAUCUAAGUUAGUAACUUUGAAUCUUAAUGGUUGUACAAGGCUUGAGAGUCUUCCUAGCAGCAUUUGUAAGUUGAAAUCUCUUGAAAAUCUUUUUCUCUUUGGUUGUUUGAAACUUAACAGUUUGCCUGAUGAGAUAGGAAAUUUAGAAGCUUUGAUUCGACUUCGUGUUGGAGCUACUGGUAUAAGGGAAGUACCACCAUCCAUAGUAUGUUUGAAUAACCUCUGUGAGUUAGAUUUUGAGCGAUGUAAGUUUCAGGAAUUGCCUUCGUCAAUCGAGAAUCUAUCUAAUUUAGUAACUUUGAAUCUUAAUGGUUGUACAAGGCUUGAGAGUCUUCCUAGCAGCAUUUGUAAGUUGAAGUCUCUUGAAAAUCUUUUUCUCUUUGGUUGUUUGAAACUUAACAGUUUGCCUGAUGAGAUAGGAAAUUUAGAAGCUUUGAUUCAACUUCGUGUUGGAGAUACUGGUAUAAGGGAAGUACCACCAUCCAUAGUAUGUUUGAAUAACCUCUGUAAGUUAGAUUUUAAGGGAUGUAAAGUUCAGAAACAUGUGGGUUUGAUAUCAGGUUUGCAAUGUCUCACGUCUCUCAAUCUAUCUAAUUGUGGCAUCACUGAGUUACCUAGCAGUCUUGGCCAAUUAACCUCACUAAAACGGUUAUAUAUAGGCAGAAACAAAUUUGAGAGCAUACCGGCAAGCAUCAUAAAUCUUUCUAAUUUGUCAUACCUUGAUUUGUGCUACUGUGAUGUGCUUAAAUCCUUACCAGAGCUUCCAUCGAACAUAGGACGGAUGGACGCACAUAAUUGUAAAUCACUUGAAUUGUUAUCUGGUUUAUCGUCAACUAAUUUCGACAAUUGGCAUCUUCACAAUGUUAAUUUCAUCAAUUGUUUAAAGCUGGACCAGAGUGCUAUUGAAGACAUGGUGAAAACUACUCUACAAAAUAUCCGCCGUGUUCAAAUGGGAGCAUUGAACCAUAUAUGUGUUCCUGGAAGUUCAAUUCCAGAGUGGUUUACCUUCCGAAGUAAGGGAUCAUCUAUAGAGCUACCACCAGGCUGUUCGAAUGAUGACCUAGUGGGUUUUUCUCUCUGCGUUGUUAUAUCAAUCCGAGAUGAUCAUGAUAAAAGCAAAGAGUUUCAACUUCGUUGUGACAAGUAUUGCAAAUCAGAUGGUGCGCAAUAUGAGAAAAGUACUACCUUACCUUUCGGCACUUUACCCAUUCCCCCGUUUGUCGACUCAGACCACAUAGUCUUCGGAUACAUGCGCGCAGAUUCCAACCUCAGAUACACGCGCGCAGAUUUCAAUAAUGGAGUUUUGUAUCAAUUCUCUAUUGAAGAUGAGGAAUAUAAACGUGUUGAAUGGUACGAGGUGAAAGAGUGUGGCAUCCUGUUCGACCCUCUCACUAGUAGAUCACCACACGCCAAAAGACAAAAGUUGGCCUGAUGAGAUGUUUUCAGCUGUUUGAUUUGUAUUUUCGAAUAUUUAAUUAAAUAUUCAAAUAAUAUAUUAUCAAUUUAAA